GCGCUGCAGCACGAAUUGGCAUCGGGGCGCCAACACCGGGGUAGUUCGACCGCUGCGAACCAGUAUAAACAGCACCGCACUUGCAGCCCCCAGCCGCUCAGGGCUUGACACCACCGUCACAAUCACUCGGGCAGCCUCCAACGCCACGAUGCGCGCCGCCGCUGUAGCGGCGCUCCUCCUCCACGCCCCGAGAGCCAACGCCACGAACACCACGUUCGUCCGCGGGCCCGAGGGCCUCAACUAUCCGGAGGCCGAGGCCUUCUGCACGGAGAUCGGGGCCACGAUCGCGUCCAUCCGCAGCGCGGCGGAGAACGAGCUCGCGCGGACGGCCUGCGGCGGCGCGACGUGCUGGAUCGGCCUCGAAGAAAUCGGCGGAAACGCUUGGACGCCCAAGGCGAGCCAGACGUGGCGGUGGGUGGAUGGAUCCGAUGCCACGUACACGAAUUGGAUGGGCACGGAACCGAACAAUCACGACGGAAACGACGAGAGGAACGCCAUCAUGAACUGCUGCGAGGGGGUAGAGGGCGUCGCGUUAACAGAUACGGGCGGUUGGUACGACGUGACGGAAGGUUACGACCAACCGAAGCCCCUCUGCCGGCUGGUCGGCGAGCUCAGUUUCGACCUCGUCCACGUCCCGGCGCAGUGCCAGGAGCGCUGCUGGCCCAAGGAGGGGAAGCAAAACGAGGACAAGGACUGCUGCACGUUCGAAGGGAAGAUGUCGUGUGUGGACGACAGCCUCGGCGGGAAGUAUCAGCUCGUCCGGACCGAAAGGGUCUGCCACGACCACGAAGGAGACCGCCAGGCGUACAACUACUAUUGCCUUCCGUGCGUGGCGGCGUCGGAACCAAAUUUCAACCGCGUCCGCUUGGCGUAGAUCUCACUCGUCGAUUCCCGCAGGUGCAAAGCCGGGGCGGUCUGCGACAACGGCCGGGGCGACGACGAGAAGGGCUGCCCCGACCAUAGCGGCUGGGUAGUUUUCGUCAUUUUUCUCUUCGUCAUCCUGCCGCUCUGCUGCAUCGGCUGCUCCGUCGCCGCCUGCUGCUUCGCGUGCCAGCAAAACAACCGGCGGCCGCAAGCGCGGGUUCAGCAGCAGCCGGUCGCCUACGCCGCGGCCCAACCCGCCGGCGGCGCCGUCCAGAUGCAGCAGUACGGCAAGCAGCCCUACCAGACCGGGCCCCCACAGGCGCCCUACGUGCAGCCGACGGUUGUCCAGCCCUGUGUGGACAUCAAAUUUUACAGCACGUUCGUACUGAUUCUUCGCGUCAACCUCCACGCCAUCGACGCGCCGCUUCGAUGGCGUGGCGAUGCUGACGGCCGCGCCAUCGCCGAGCACCCGACACACUGGUUGCCACACAGGUCCAGCCAACGGUCGUGCAGCCCACGGUUGUCCAACCCACUUUUGUACAACCCACUGUCGUACAACCCACUGUCGUACAGGGAAGUGUACAGGGCGCGGUCGUACAGGGAAGUGUACAGGGCGCGGUCGUACAGGGCGCAGUCGUCCAGGGCGCGGUUGUCCAAGGUGAGAUGCAGCGGGAAUACUAAGUAAGUACAGUGGUAUUUUAGACAA